AUGGAUAUAUUCUACAAUCUCCUCUUCAGAUUGCCACUUGAAGAUAUCAACCCACUGAGGGGCGUAUUAAAGAGAUGGAAGUCGACCAUCGAUGGCCGGGGCCCGAUGGGCCGGGACUUGGCUAGGAGGUUUGCUGACCUCCACUCCACCUCCACCAUCCUCCUCUGUCUCUCGUACAUCGAUGAUGAGUCGAUUAAACCCGUCCCUCCCACAGAGGAUCACUUUGUGUUGAAGAGCUGGAUUCACUUGAACCUUCGCAAUGGCGACCAUGAAGGAGACCAUGAAGACGGCUAUGAUGAUAAUGAAAAUGGUGAUGAUGUAGAUGGCGAGGAUGAUGAUGGAGGGGACGAUGAAGAUAAAGAUGGCAAUGAUGAUGGAGGAGACCAUAAAGAUGGUGACAAUUAUCGAGUACACUAUGACCUUGAAGAUGGAGUAGUAGUUGGGCACAAGGAUAAGACACUAUGA